UUUUCCCUCUCUUUCCCAGUCCCUCCCUCUCUCUCUCACACACACACUCUUCACAUCUCAGUAGCCCCAGCGCCUCGCUCGCUCCCCCCCUCUCCCUUCAGAAAUCGACGAAACCCUAACUCCUCCCGAUCUCCCCCUCCCCUACCCCCACCCCUUCAGCCGCCGCCGUCCUCCUCCCGCUCCCCACGGCGGCUCGCCGCGAAGUCCCGCCCUCCGGAUUCGCAGUCCAUCCUCCCCCCCUCCCCGAAUCCCGGGGCCCUCCUGAUUCGCCUCCCCUCCCCUCCCCCCCCCCCCCCCCCCUCCGUUGCGGCCGAAAUCGGGGGCUAGGGCUACGCGCAUCGCUGGUCGUGCAUUGAGUCUUCCCCGCUCCCCCGCUCGAUUCUGGGGCUUUUUCGCGGGCGUUCGACGAUUCGGCGUUGCCGCCGCCGCCGAUCUGAUAUGGGGUUCCGAGCUGUCGGAUUCGCCGCCGACGCCGCCAUGUUCGCUUGACUGCAGGAACGGAUUAGCGGGGUUUCGAUUUGUUUUCUUUUUUCUUUUUUUUUGUUUGUUUGGGGGUUUUGCGCGAACCCUAGGUUAGGAAUCUGAGUCGAGCAUGGUGGGUAAGGAGGAGCCCACCUUCAAUCCCCUAGCUCCGUGCCACGUAUCUGCCGCCGCCGCCCGCAAGACCUUCUGGCGCUCCGCGUCCUGGUCGUCCUCUCGGACCGCGCAGCAGAGCCCCGGCGAGGAAGGCAACAAUUGCCCGGAUUCGAACGGGAACGGGAAUGGGUCGGAUAAUUUCGCGCAGAGCCGCCGUUUCCCUGCCCCCUUGACCCCGCGGUCCCAGCAUAAUAGCAAGGCGAGGUCGUGCUUGCCGCCGCUGCAGCCUCUGUCGAUCACCCGGCGGAGCUUGGACGAGUGGCCGAAGGCGGGGUCCGACGAUGUGGGCGAGUGGCCGCAGCCGCCCACGCCCAGCGGGAACAGAUGCGGGGAGAGGUUGAAGCUCGAUAUGUCUGCGAUUCAGCGGAACCCCGAUAAGAACGGCGGGUUAGUGAAGAGGGAGAAGAUAGCAUUCUUUGAUAAAGAGUGUUCUAAGGUAGCUGAACAUAUAUAUCUUGGUGGGGAUGCGGUGGCUAAAGAUAGGGAUAUACUGAAGAGGAAUGGGAUCACGCAUGUUCUGAACUGCGUGGGCUUCGUUUGCCCCGAGUAUUUCAAAGCGAAUUUUGUUUAUAGAACUUUGUGGUUGCAGGAUAGUCCGUCGGAAGAUAUUACUAGCAUCCUCUAUGACGUCUUUGAUUAUUUUGAGGAUGUUAGGGAAGAACACGGGAGGGUUUUUGUGCACUGUUGUCAAGGGGUCUCCAGGUCAACAUCUCUGGUGAUAGCAUAUCGUAUGUGGAGAGAGGGGCAGAGUUUUGAUGAUGCAUUUCAGUUUGUGAAGGCUGCGAGAGGGAUAGCUGAUCCUAACAUGGGUUUUGCUUGUCAGUUGUUGCAGUGUCAAAAGAGAGUCCAUGCUUUUCCUUUGAGUCCAAGCUCUUUGCUCAGGAUGUACAGAAUUGCGCCACAUUCGUCCUAUGAUCCCUUGCAUCUGGUUCCUAAAAUGUUGACCGAUCCUUCUCCUGCGGCACUAGAUUCCAGAGGAGCUUUCAUUGUACAGGUACCUUCGUCAAUUUACGUGUGGAUCGGAAGGGAAUGUGAAAGCAUAAUGGAAAGGGAUGCGAGGGGGGCUGUUUGUCAGAUUAUGAGGUAUGAGAGAGUUCAUGGUCCGGUGGUUAUGAUCCGGGAAGGAGAAGAGCCGUCAUACUUCUGGGAUGCUUUCUCUAACCUCUUACCCUUGAUGGAUAAAUCUGGCAAUGGAGUGUCUGAUAAGGAAUUCAUUGCCAGGAAAACUUCCUCAGGACGGAGAAAGGUAGAUUUGUAUGAUGUAGAUUUUGAAAUUUUCAAGAAAGCAAUAAAGGGGGGAGUUGUGCCUCCCUUUGCAUCAUCUGAAAAUGAGCAUGAAACCCAUCUUCCUGCUAGGGAAAGCAAUUGGAGUGUGUUGAGACGCAAAUUUGCCCCAAGUAAUAUGAAGGAUUUCGUGUCAGCUCCUAAGAUUACGCUGUCCAGAGUUUUCUCUGACUCUAUGAUGGUUGUACAUUCUCCAGUGAACUGUUCACCCGCAUCAUCGACUUCGUCGUCGUCAUCAUCGUCAUCUCCUCCUUAUCUUUCUCCAGAUUCCCUCUCUUCUGAUUCAAGCACCAGCUCGACGUACUUUUCCGAAUCAUCUCAAGAUUCACCCUCAACGGCUUCCUGUUCGCUUCCCGUAUCAUCAACUUUGUCUAACUUCUCUAAUUUGUCUCUCCAUCGUCCAAUAACAAUUUCUCAGCCUAUGUCACAGAAUCAGGAUUAUAUUGACAUCAAUUUUCCUUCGAGGCCACACCCUCAGUCGGUCUCUUCACCAGUUAAGAAAGUCUCACCCUCGCUUGCUGAACGCAGAGGUAGCGCAUCUAGGACUCUAAAGCUACCAGUUGGGAAAGAUAAAGUAACACAGGUUCCAUCCAUUGCUGUUCCCCCACAAGAAAAUGGGGUCUGGGCAAAUGGCAAUACUUGUUCAUCACUUGAACCAGGUCAUGACAGAGAAAAUGUUGUAGAAACAGGGGAUAGUAUGAAAACCAGGGAGAGAUAUCUGGCUCCGAUAAACAAGUUUCAGAAGCCUUGUCCUGUUGCUAGUGAUCUAUUGUCUUCCAACAAAGUUGCUGGCAUCCGAGCACAGAGUUGUUUAGGAAGAAGUGGAGAAUUAGAAGAAGUUGGUGUUCCUUCCAUUUCAAGGGAAAUUGAUCAAAGUGACUUAGAAUGUAAUGGAAAAGUGCGACCCCUCAUAUGUUGUUGGCCUAGUUUAGAAGAAGUUGCGGCUUUUGGUAGGAGUGAUCUGAAUUCAGGAGCUGUUUUUGCUAUUUAUUGUCCAGCUACAUUUUUUAAACAGUCAAAGGAGGGGAUUCUGUACUUUUGGCUAGGAAGGUCCUUUGAUUGCAAUGAAAGCAAAAUUCCAGUAAAACGAAGCAGAGAUCUAGGUGAUGUAGAGAAGAUUGACUGGAACCAAGUUGCACAUGAUUUUCUUUUAGAGAAAGGCCUUCCGAAGGAAACCAAAAUUGAGAUUCUUAUAGAAGAUCAAGAACCUGAGGAAUUCCUUGCAAUUAUGAGAUUGGUCAGGAACAGUGAACUUCAGAAGGGACCAAGUAAUCAAGUAGCUUAGCAACCAAAUCAGCGUCUUCCUUCAAGUGGCUUUAUUUUCUAUGUCAACCUGCACAGCAGCCUGCUCUUACAGUAGUCUUAGAGGAGCGUUGGUCUUUGUUCUUCAAGGCAUUCUCCUUGCUGUACAUUGCGGUGACAGUGUUGGCUAUCAAAACUUCUCGCUGGAGAAGGAACUGACCUGGAUCUUGUAUAUUCAUUACUUUCAGGAAUAGAUACGGAUGUUUCUGUGCAAA